ACGAUCCGAACAUGGUCGACAGUUUGACAGGGACAGGUUUCGUGAAAACAAGAGACAUUUUUUCCUCUCUUGUGGUUUUAGGUACACGAAAUUUAGCAAUUUAAUUUCCAGCAAAUGCAAACACCCUAGAUCACCUCUCAUUCUCUCCAGCCAUCGACACUUUCCAUCUUUACGUGUUUGUGGUGUUGUGCCAUUUCGUGUGCGUGCGGAGAAAUCUGUCUGUUCGGUGCCUCGCUUUUCCGCUACCUCCGUUAACUGUGUUCCCUGCACCGUGUUUGCGUGAAUCGUAGUGUGUGCCGCCCGACAAACCUCCCCCCCUCGCUCGGAGAAGGUGUACGUGUAGCGAAAAGUGUAGCAUAUACCACCGAUUUCCUUCCCUUUUCUUUGUACGACCAACAUGAAGCAAAUUCCGCUGACCUGUUCCGGCCAUACGCGCCCCGUCGUGCAUCUGGAUUUUAGUGGCCUGACCGAGUGUGGAUAUUUUCUCAUUUCGGCGUGCAAAGAUGGCAAACCGAUGCUGCGAAUGGGCGAUACGGGCGAUUGGGUCGGCACGUUCGAGGGCCACAAGGGUGCGGUGUGGGGCGUGGCGCUGAACGAAUCGGCCACGCUGGCCGCCUCCGGUGCGGCCGACUUUACCGGCAAGAUAUGGAACGCGGUCACGGGCGAGGAGGUGCAUAGCCUGCAGCACAAUCACAUCGUCAAGACGGUGGCGUUCAGCCACGACAGCCAGUACCUGGUCACGGGCAGCAACGAGAAGCUGGUACGGGUGUUCGAUCUCAACUCGGACGGCAAAGCGCUGGAAUCGUACGCUGGCCAUGCCGGCGCGGUCAAGCGGGCGCUCUUCUGCCGGAACGAGAAGUGCGUCAUCAGCUGCGCGGACGACAAGUCGAUGCGGCUGUGGGACCGCGGCACGGGCCAGGAGGUGUCGCGGGUCGAGUUUAGCUCCCACCCGAACGGGCUCGAGCUGUCCAAGGACGGCAGCAUCCUGACGGUGACGUACGGCAACUGUACCGCGUUCUACGACAUGGAAACGCUGACGCAGCUGAAGGAGAUCACCAUACCGACGCGGGUCAGCUCCGCCAGCCUGCACCCGGACAAGCACAUCUUUGUGUGCGGCGGAGAGGACUUCAAGAUGUACAAGUACGAUUACAUUACGGGCAACGAGAUCGAAUCGUUCAAAGGCCACUUUGGCCCGGUGCACUCGGUCAGCUUCAGUCCGGACGGGGAACUGUACGCUAGCGGCUCGGAGGACGGCACACUCCGGCUCUGGCAAACGACCGUCGGCAAAACGUACGGUCUGUGGAAAUGCACCGAACCGACCGAUCUGAACAACUCCACCAGCAACAAUAGCGCCGCCAACAACACCACCGCCAACAGCGCUGUUAGUAGCGUCGUCGCUCCGGUCACUCCAAACAACGCUGCCGUAAGCUGCCCGCCUGUGUCGUCGGCAACUGCGCCGGUAACACCGACACCGAGCGCGAACCGUGAAGUGACGGCCAACUGAAUCGGGACAGGGAUAGCAAAGCUUCUUUGCCGAGAGCAUUCGAGAGGAAAAAUUUCGCUUUAAAAAAAAAAGAGGAACUUGCCGGAAGUGAGCAGAAAGGCGAACGUAGGAAGCAAAAGGACGUGUGUGAUGGCAUACUUAGCAGCAGCAGGCCAGCAAACGUAAGCGAUUAAACGAUUGCUAGUGCAGUGCUGCCAGAGCCAUACCGUCGACUGCGUUUUACCUUUGGCGAGCAGCGUGCGAAUGAAUUUCUUCUUUUAGCGAAAAAAAACAACCCCCGUCGUCGUCGUCGCCUGUUUUGUGCGAUUUGAAUGAUCAUGUCAAACCUUAAUGAUCGGAUUAAAGCCAGCCUCCCACCAACUCCCCCAACACACUACACUCAUAUGUAUUUCCUGCAAGCGAAGGAGGAGCACGCUUGUGCGACUGAGCAUGGCGCCGGACCUCUUUCACAGCAACGGAUUGUUGCGGACUCUCGAUGCGAGGGUAAAGGAAACCGAACAGAGCUGGUUGUAUUCCAAAUUCGGCAAACCAUCACUUCAUCCAAAGCCAACGCCACCGUGGUGUGUACGUAGGAGAGGAUCAUCCCAUCGUGUGAACGUAUACAGUGGUUACAAACGGUCCAGGCUUGCUUAAAUUCAUUUCUAUUACUGCCGACUGUCUGCCGACUCCAAAUAAUCUACUUUCUCUCUUUUACGUCUUCGACUUUUCUUUCCUUUUUUUCCUAUACAGCCACAAUCACAAAGUGCCUGGUGUGUUGUGCAGCACGCCAGACAGAUGCGUUUGUGGGGUGGGCAAUUGAAGCCCCAUUAGUCUAUACACUUUAAUCAAGUAAAUUAUGAUGUACCGCGAACUGCAUGAGAGAAUGUUUGUUUCUUUUUAAUUAUUUUGAAAUAAAGAAUUAAUUAAAUCAGACGCCACCUUGGCAAUGUGCAGCAAAA